AUGUCAUCCGUUAGCAUUUUCGGUCUGGGGGCCAUGGGCACAGCUUUGGCCUCUCGGUUCCUCGAAGAGAAGUACAAAGUCGCCGUAUGGAAUCGAUCUUCAGAAAAGGCAAGCCCUUUACUCGACAGGGGCGCCACACUUUCCCAUACAGUAGUGGAUGCCAUCAACGCAAGUAAUCUGAUCGUUGUCUGCCUCCUCGAUAACGCCGCAGUCAAAGCAACCUUCGACAGCGCUCUUGACCACCUCCACGGCAAGACAAUCAUCAAUCUCACAAACGGAACACCCGACCAAGCUCGGAAACUAUCAGACCUGCUCGGCAGUCACGGUGCUCGAUACGUCCACGGCGGGAUCAUGGCCACCCCUUCCAUGAUCGGUUCGCUUCAUGCUCUCAUCCUGUACAGCGGGUCACCCGAUGCGUUUAAGGCCGCCGAGGCCGAUCUCUCCGUGCUGGCCAAGUGCGUAUUCCUCGGUGAGGAUACGGGUUCCGCGUCGCUGCAUGACCUUGCCCUUCUCAGCGGCAUGUACGGUCUCUUCUCAGGCUUCCUGCAUGCAACCGCUCUCGUGAGAUCGAGCACACCCGCCGUCAAGUUCGUGGACCUCCUGGUUCCCUGGCUGGGGGCAAUGACCGAAUACACUAAAGGGAUGGCAAAGCAGAUUGAUGAGGGGAAGUAUGCGAGCGAAGGAUCGAAUCUCGCUAUGCAAUUGGUUGCUAUUGACAAUAUUAUCGACGCCAGUGCGGCCGAGCAAGUCUCUGCUGAUUUUAUUCGUCCGAUGAAGGGAUUUAUGGAGAAGGCCGUAGCGGCUGGUCAUGGUGGUGAUGAUAUUUCUUCUUUAAUUGAUUUUGUGAAGUCAACAUGA